AUUUGCAAAUCGCUUGUUUUCGAGAGGCCGGCAUAAACAACGAAAAUUUCGCAAAAAUGUCGCACUUUGUAAAUAUGGAAGUUUUCUCAAACUAUCAAAAGUAUAUAGACAACGAACAGGAGUUGCGUGAGAAUAUACGCAUCGUGGUGCGGGAAAUCGAGCACUUGGCAAAGGAAGCGACAAUACAAUUGCAAGUUAUACACUGUGAUUUAAGCAAAAUUGAUGCUGCCUGCAGUUCAGCGCGCAAACAAAUUGAAGCCUGUGCUGAAAAGUAUCAGAAACUAGCUGCCUUGGUUCCACCUGGCCAAUAUUACCGCUACUCCGAUCAUUGGACAUACAUUACGCAGCGCUUGAUUUUUCUUAUUGCGCUUGUCAUUUACCUGGAGGCAGGUUUUUUGGUUACCCGCGAAACGGCGGCGGAGAUGCUUGGUUUAAAAACCAAACAUUCGGAUGGCUUCCAUUUGGAUAUUGAGGACUAUCUGUUGGGAAUUUUGUUGCUUGCUUCGGAACUAUCUCGCUUUGCCACAAAUUCCGUUACAAUGGGUGAUUACGAGCGGCCUUUGAAUAUUUCCCAUUUCAUUGGAGAUCUAAAUACGGGCUUUCGUUUGCUCAAUAUGAAAAAUGAUGGUUUGCGCAAGCGUUUCGAUGCGUUGAAAUAUGAUGUGAAGAAGAUCGAAGAGGUUGUCUAUGAUGUCAGCAUACGCGGUCUCUCCAACUCAGCUGAAAGCAAGGAACAGCCUAAAGUGGAGUCUGCCGAAUAACUUAAGCAUAUAAGCGUAGUCUAAGCUUCAAUUAAACACAGGACACCAUAAAAGACAGUAUCAUACUAAGUACAACUUUAACUUUAAUAGUAA